AUGAAUUCCGCAUUAAUAAGUGCGGAUUUGAGUCAAUGUACAAAACUCCUAGUCAUAAGUAAUGGCUGUUUUGGAGAAUGCCGGAGUUUAAGCAAUGUAAAAUUACCUCCAAAACUAACGAAAUUAUCAUUUGGAUGCUUUUAUCUUGACACUUCUUUAACAAAAAUUGAAUUUCCUGAUACUUUGACGGAUAUUGCCGGUCCUUCCCAAACUUAUGGAAGUGUCUUUGGAUAUGCUGGAAUAAAAGAAGUUACUAUUGGCCAUAAUUCGCAAUUGCAGAAUUUAGGUUCAAGUGUUUUUAGCUACACAAAACUAGAGUACUUUUAUAUUCCAUCAAAAUGCGUGCUUCAAGAUGGUUCGUGUUUCAAUGGUUGCCCUAUAAUUGGGAUUUCAGUGGAUGAAAGGAAUACAAACUAUAAAGUUGAUGGACAAAUGCUGCUCUCUGGAUCUGGAUUUACCAACCUAGUUUAUGUGAUUUCAAGGUUAACAGGAACAUUUCAAGUUCCUUCUUAUAUUACUUCAAUCGGUAAUUCUGCAUUAAGAGGAUCAAAAUUCAAUAAAAUAAUUUUCUCCACUAAUAUAACUUUUGUUGAUGAUUUCUGUCUUGGAUUAUGCCAAAUUGUUGAUUUCGAAUUUCCUAUUCAAAUUAAAACUGUUUCAUCUUUUAUGUUUCAUGGAUGCCCAAAAUUAGAGACUGUAUUAUUAACAGAAAAUAUCACAGAAAUUAAAGACAGUGCGUUUUAUUAUUCUAAUAAACUUAAAAACAUCACAUUACCAUCUAGUUUGAAGAUUUUAGGGCGCCCAGUUUUUAUUGGAUGCAUUGAAUUACAAGAAAUAACCCUCCCAAGGAAUUUGGAAACAAUUGGGGAUGGUGUUUUUACAGAAAUUCCUAAUUUAACACUUCAUUCAUUAAGUCCAAAAUAUGUUGUUGACAAUAAUAUGAUGUAUAAGGAUGACAAUAGAACUUUGUUAAUUUAUGUGGGCUCUGAAGAAAAUACAGAUAUUUCUAUUUUAGCUGAAUGCAAUUUUAUUGCUGGAAGAACGUUUGCCAAAAAGAAAAUAAGAGAUGUUACUUUCAAAAGUUCAAAAGUGGAUAUAGAUAUUAGAAUUGGUGAAGGCGUUUUCUUAGAAUCAACAAUACAUUCAAUAGUUUUCCCACCAAGUUUGAAAACAAUCUCAAAUAAUGCUAUUGAUGGUUGUUUGCAGUUAGAAAGUGUAACAUUCCAAGGAACAAAAAUUACAAUAAUUCCUAAUUCUUGCUUCAUAGAUUGCAAUAUGCUUUCCUCAAUUACUCUCCCAACUUCUAUAACAUCAAUAGGAGAGUAUGCAUUUGCACACUGCAGAAAACUUGGAGAUAUUGGAUUAUCUAACCUAAAUUCACUAACAACAAUUGGAACUUAUGCAUUCUCAGAAAGUGGUUUGACAAUUGCGAACUUGCCGAGCUCAGUAAAAUCAGUUGGAAUCAGAUCAUUUGCUAAUUCCCAAAUCACAGAUUUAACUAUAUCUUGUAAUAUUCCAAGUAUGUUAUGUCAAUCAUGUACAUCAUUGAUAACACUUUCACUCAACAAUGGUGUCACAGAUAUUGGAACAUAUGCCUUUGAUGGAUGUACAUCAAUGACAGAUUUCAUAAUUCCAAGUUCAUUAGCUAGUAUUCAAGGUUUUGCAUUUCAAUCUUGCGAAAGACUGAAAACAUUGAUAAUGGGAGCUGGCUGCACACUUUCAAAGGUUGAUGGUGGAUGCUUCUAUGGUUGUUAUAAUUUAAAAUCUGUUAAGCUUCCUCAAAAUGAUCAAAGAUAUAGAUUUGAAAACGGUGCAUUGACAAAUCACGAACAAACAAAGCUUAUUCUCUUCCUUCCAUACAGUGGUGUUAAAAAUUUCAUUGUUCCUUUAGAAAUGGUUACUAUAGGAAGUUGUGCUUUCAUGGGAAGUCCAACUCUCUUAAGAGUUUUCUUCAAUGGAAAUAAUAUUAACACUAUCGACUAUCAAGCUUUUAAAGAUUGCAAGAAUUUGAAUUUUGUUUUCUUCUCAUCAUCUAGUAUCUCUCAAAUAGGAACAAAUGCAUUUGAUGGAUGCCCUCUUCUUCAUAGGUGUGGAUCAUUUUCAGCGCCCCAAGAUGUGCAGGAAAAAUUUGUUAAUAUUGCAAACAUUCCUAAAAUUGCUUUCUCAGAAAAUUGUCCUUUAGCUAAUUCAUGCAGAGCUAUUAAAAAUAUUGGAAUUCCAUUCUCAUACUUAUACCCAUUUUUAACCAUAGAAUUGUAA